AUGAAUUGUCUUCCAGAUGAUCUUCUCGUCCAUAUCUUGUCGUUCCUUACUACGAAAGAAGCUGCUUCGACCUUUGUUUUGUCCAAGAGAUGGAGGACUCUGUUUGCUCUCAGUCAUAAUCUUGACUUUGACAACAUGAACCUUUUGGACACUGAAGAUUUGCUUAAACAUAGUAGACGCCACAUUAAAAAGAGUUUCAAUGAUUUUGUGGAUCAUACAUUGGCUUUGCAUGGCAAUAACACUAUAAAGAAGUUCUCACUUGAACUUAGUGAUACUCAUAUUGAUAAUCUACAUGACGUUGACCGCUGGAUAUGUAAUGCCCUGGAACGCGGUGUCUCUGACCUUCAUUUAGGCAUAGAAUCUGAAUUAUUUUUGUGGUCUGGAUUCCCAUCCAAAGUCUUCACCAGCACAACACUGGUUAAGCUGUCACUGGGAGUGGGAACAAGAUUUUACACCGAAAGUGUUCCUUCAGAUUUAUCUCUUCCAGCACUAAAGGUUCUCUUCCUUGAUUCAAUUAUUUGGUUUAAGGGUGAUCUACAAUUAUUAAAUGUGUUUCUCGCUGCUUGCCCUGCACUCGAGGACUUAACCAUACAUUAUAUGUGUGGAUCUGAAAACCCUCACGUCAUAUCCAGCAAAACCAUUAAGAAACUCUCGUUUACCUAUGGUUAUAUCUAUGAUUAUUAUGGUUAUUUUUCUAGAAUUAUUUCAUUUGACACACCGAAUGUUGUCGACUUCUACUACUCAGAUUAUUUUGGGAGUGAAUCUCCGCAACGUCACUUUGAUUCAAUUGCCAAAGCUACAUUGGACCUUCAUUUCUUAAAAGGUGACAAGAUUGCGGAUGUGACAGAUCUCAUCAGUGGGAUACGCAAUGUUAAGACCCUCCACUUGAAUUCUUCUACUGUCGAGGUGAUUUCUAUAUGCUGCGAAGGUGGAUUACCGGUGUUCAACAACCUCGUUGAUUUAGUGUUUUCCGGUACAAAAAGAGGUUGGAAACUGCUUUUGCCACUUCUUCUAGAGCGUUCUCCGUACUUAAGAAAUCUGGUUCUCUCGUGUCUGGAUCGUUACACAUUUGGUCGAAGACAUCGGUUUGUAAGGAUUCAAAUUCCCUUGAAUAACCAAAUAAAGAUGCUUAGUAUCAUGCAAUAUCAUGGAAGUGCAACCAUGCUGAAACUCAUUAGCCAUUUCUUACUGAAUAUGGAGUGUCUUGAAGUUGUGAAAGUCUACGUUGCACGUACAAUGGAUGACCCCAGAAAGAUGCAACUCACAGAGGAUAUUUUGAAGCUUCCAACAGCUUCAUCUAGGGUCAAGAUACAAGUUAUGUGA